UCCGUUUCACUACUUUGAUGCCAUCAAUCUCCCAAAGAGAAAAUAGUUUCAUCUAUCAAAAAGUACUUCAUAAAACCAUCAUUCAUUUCAUGGCAAGCUUUGAUCGCUUAUGUGCUGCUUCCCAUAUGAAUAUUGCUCCAAGUCCAACCACCAUGCCACAACUUGGCAAGAAUCGCUUCACCCAAUUUGCACCUAUGCCAACUACGCAAAAAUGGAGCCUUUCCGAAGACCUCACACGUAUUUCUAAUCCCACAAAACACGACAUUCAUAAAACUGGAAAUCUCGGCUUCUCUGACGAGUUCUACGUAAAGCAUGAACAGAAGGUGAAGGAAGUUAGGAGUGUCCUACGAAAAGUAGGGGAAAAUCCAUUAGAAGGUCUGGUCAUGAUUGAUACCCUCAAACGCCUAAGCAUUGACUACCAUUUCCAAGAAGAGAUUGAAGCACUUCUGCAAAAACAGUAUUUGGAAUCCCCCAUUAGUAAUGGUUAUCCUGAAUUUGAUCUUUAUGAGGUUUCUACUCGCUUUAGGCUACUAAGGCAAGAAGGUUACAAUGUGCCAGCAGAUGUGUUUAACAACUUCAAGAACAAGGAGGGAAGGUUCAAAUCUGAACUAGGCACAGACAUCAAGGGGUUAAUGGCUUUGUAUGAAGCAACGCAUUUAAGCAUAAAAGGAGACGACAUACUUGAUCAAGCUGCAGAUUAUAGUUGCCUACUCCUUGAUGGUUGGAUGAUGAAUCUUGAUCAACGUCAAGCUAGACUUAUCGAUAGUACGCUGAGGCAUCCCUAUCACAAGAACUUGGCAAGGUUCACGGCCAGAAGCUUCGUUGGUGACUACAAGGGCAUUAAUGGAUGGGUAGAUGGAUUACAAGAACUAGCAACGAUGGAUUUUAAGAUGGUUCAAUCCACGAAUCAAAGAGAAAUACUGCAAUUUUCUGAAUGGUGGAAGGACAUGGGUUUGGCCAAUGAUUUGAAGUUUGCAAGAAAUCAACCACUCAAAUGGUACAUGUGGCCUAUGGCAGCCCUCACAAAUCCGUGCUUCUCA